GACAACCCUUCCCGGAAUCCCUUGCGGUGGCGUCCCCGGGGCCUCGGGGGCCUCGGAGCAAGAUGGCGGCAGCGGGGUCCGUGAGGCGCGGGCAGCGGCGACCGCGGCGCCUGUGAGGGGGCCCGGGGGCCCGGGCGGCUCCGGGCCUGGGUCCCGCCGCGGGACGGACCAUGCUACGUUCCACUGGCUUCUUCCGGGCUAUCGACUGCCCCUAUUGGGCAGGGGAUCCCGGGGGGCCCUGCCGGCGGCCCUACUGCCACUUUCGACACCGUGGGGCCCGGGCCCCCGGAGCCCCCGUCGGCGGCGGAGCGACGCCCCCGGGAGCAGGCCUUGGGUAUGACCCUUAUGACCCUGAGCUGCCCAAGCCCCCGGCACCCCAGGAAAAUGGCGUGCUGGCUCGAGGUGACGAGUCCCACUCGGACAUCCUGGAGCUGGAGCUGGUCAACCAGGCCAUCGAGGCCGUGCGCAGCGAGGUGGAGCUGGAGCAGCGACGCUACCAGGAGCUCUUGGAGACGGCCCGAGAGUAUGGAGCCACCGAGCCCAGUGCCACAGGGACCUCUGCCCUGGCGCCGUGCGGCCCAGCCGCCAGCCCCUCCUUGGGCCUGGACGAGGGUGCCUUCCCCCUGGCCUUCACCUACAGCCCCGGAAGCCACGGCCUGCUCACCCCUGAGACCGGCUACCAGCCCACCCCCCUGGCCCCUUCGGAAUCAGGCAGCAAGUACUCCCUGGAGUCCCUGGAGAGGGGCCCGAGCAAGGCGGGGGGCGCUCUGGAGUACGUCCCCAAGGCCAUGGGCCAGCCUCAGCGGUAUGGCCGACCCAUGGCCAGCAGCAAGUACGUAGUGGACAACUCCAAGCCAUCCACAGACCUGGAGUAUGACCCACUGUCCAACUACUCAGCCCGGCACCUUAGCAGGGCCAGCUCCAGGGAUGAGAGGGCCACCAAGCGGCCCCGGGGCUCCCGUGGCAGCGAGCCCUACAUGCCUGCUGUCAAGAAGCCCUGCGACCCCUUCGGUGGCUGUGACGCCAGGUUCUCAGACUCAGAAGAUGAUACUGCUGUGCCCCCGGGUGGUGACAAGCCUGUCGUAGCUAGUGCCCCCAAGGCCGGGGCUGGCUCCCAGAGCAAGGCCCCUGGGAAGCCGUCCUCCAGGGAGGGCCCGGAGCCUGAGGAGGGCGGCCUCCGGGAGACCAAGGAGAUAGCCGUGCAGUAUGACGUCGGGGACCUCGGGCAGUCCCCACAGGACCCGGACGUGGCGCCCCCAGCCAAGCCCAGCUCCCCGGCCAGGGUGUUGCAGGACGCGGGCUGCCCCAAGGAGGACAGACCCAAGAAAAAGAAAUGUGGGACUCCGCCCACCCCCAGCCACAAGGACAAGUCCAGGAGGAGAGACAAGACUAAGGGGCGGGAGCGGGGGCAGGCCCAGGAGAAGGCCGGGGCGGAUAAGAGGGUCGCUCGGGCCGGCAGCCCCCAGCACAAGGCGGAGAAGCCUAACGGGACCAAGAAAAAGCCAUCUUCAGCCACCGCGGUGGCCAGCUCAGGGAAGGGGAAGCUCCACCGCCCGGCUGCCGGGGGCCCCCAGCAGCUGCUGGACAGGAGGGGCGGUGAGAGGGCUGCCUCGGGCAAACUCGGGGAGCGCAAGGCCCACUCGCUGGACGAGGGCGCCUCCCGGGAUGCGCCCAAGCUGAAGAAGCGGGCCCUGAGCCAUGCCGAGCUCUUCGGGGACGAGAGCGAGGACGAAGACUCAGGGACGGGGACCCCGCGGGCCUGGCCCUCCAGCCUCCCCAGCCUCAGCUCGGACUCGGACUCGGACUCGGACUCCAGCCUGGACCUGCCUGGAGCACAGCUGCCCAAGCGACUCAAGUCCUCUGUGCCACCUGCGCCCGCCCCCACCCCCACCCCCACCCUCGGCCCCGCACCCCCAGCUGCUGCUGCCGCCUCUGCAUCCUCCUCGUCCUCCUCUCCCCCGGGGGCUCAGGGGGAGUCGGGGGAGGACGUGGACUACUCGGCCCUGGAGCAGGAGGUAGACUUCGAUGCAGACCCCCUGGAGGAGUGCCUGCGGAUCUUCCAUGAGUCUACCAGUGUGAAGACGCAGGACAAGGGCCGGCUGGCACGGCAGCCCCCCAAGGACAGCGCGGGUGAGGAGAAGGGCCAGGCGGGCCUGACCACCCUGUUCCCAGGGCAGCGGAGGAGGAUCUCGCAUCUCGUCAAGCAAGGCAAGGAGGGCUAUCAGCCCUGGGUGCCCCAGGCAUGGGGCCAGGUCCCAAGACUUGUGCUCAUCCAGGUGGAGCCCCCCCGGAGGGGCCCGGCGACACCCCCAGCCCGGCUCCCAACAGCCCAGGAAGUGUGCUAUCGGCGGGCCCAGCAGGCACAGAGGGAGUCAGCCAGCUGGCUGCAGGCUGCCCCACUACAGCCAGAGAAGGUCGCCUCUGUCCACAUCUCCGCCCCCGGGGAGAAGAGGAGGAUUGCCCACGUGCCCAACCCCCGCCUGGCCACGGCCCCCACAGGUGCCAAGCGGACCCUCUCGGCCAGCAGCAGCCAGGCGCCCCACGGCCCCGAGCCCGGCAGCCAGCCGCUGAAGACCCGCACGCUGUCGGGAAUGGCGUCCAAGACCACCACCACCACCACCCCGAAGCGCGUCGCCCACAGCCCGUCUCUGCAGAGUCUGAAGAAGCCCAUUAUCCCGAAGGAGUUCGGGGGCAAGGUCCCCACGGCCAUCCGCCAGCGCUAUCUCAACCUGUUCAUCGAGGAGUGCCUCCGCUUCUGCCCGUCCAGCCAGGAGGCCAUUGAGAAGGCACUGAACGAGGAGAAGGUGGCCUACGACCGCAGCCCCAGCAAGAACAUCUACCUGAAUGUGGCCGUGAACACCCUCAAGAAGUUGAGGGGCCUGGUACCCAGCGCCGUGCCCAGCCUCAGCAAGCCCAGCGGCCGAAGGGUCGUGUCCCAUGAGGUGGUGCUGGGGGGCAAGUUAGCCGCCAAGACCAGCUUCUCGCUCAGCCGGCCCAGCAGCCCCCGGGUGGAAGCCCUGAAAGGGGCCACCCUGUACAGCCGCCUCAGGGACUACCUGCUCACCCCAGAGCAGCUCAAGGAGAAUGGCUACCCCUUCCCGCACCCCGAGCGGCCUGGGGGUGCCAUCAUCUUCACCUCCGAGGAGAAGAAGCCCAAGGACCCCUCCUGCAGAAUCUGCUGCCGCUGCGGCUCUGAGUACCUCGUGUCCUCCUCCGGCCGCUGCCUGCGCGACGAGGAGUGCUCCUACCACUGGGGGCGGCUGCGCCGGAACCGGGUGGCCGGGGGCUGGGAGACCCAGUACAUGUGCUGCUCGGCUGCUGUGGGCUCCGUGGGCUGUCAGGUGGCAAAGCAACAUGUGCAGGAUGGCCGGAAGGAGAACCUUGAGGGCUUCGUGCGGACUUUCGAAAAGGAGCUUGCGGGGGACACCCACGCGGGGAUCUACGCCCUGGACUGUGAGAUGUCCUACACCACCUAUGGCCUGGAGCUGACCCGCGUCACAGUGGUGGACACGGACAUGCAGGUGGUAUACGACACUUUCGUCAAGCCUGAGAACGAGAUCGUGGACUACAACACCAGGUUCUCCGGGGUCACAGAGGCCGACCUCGUGGACACGAGCAUCACGCUACGGGAUGUGCAGGCUGUCCUGCUCAGCAUGUUCAGCGCUGACACCAUCCUCAUCGGGCACAGCCUGGAGAGCGACCUGCUGGCCCUGAAGGUCAUCCACAGCACUGUGGUGGACACGGCUGUGCUGUUCCCACACCGCCUGGGCCUCCCCUACAAGCGCUCCCUCCGGAACCUCAUGGCCGACUACCUCAGACAGAUCAUCCAGGACAACGUGGAUGGGCACAGCUCCAGCGAGGAUGCCAGCGCCUGCAUGCACCUGGUGAUCUGGAAGAUUCGGGAGGACGCCAAGACCAAGCGAUGACGCCACCGCCUCGCCCGCCCCGCACCGCCCCCUCCAGCCCCAGGCCUCUUCCAAAACAGUGCAAUAAAUCUGAGAGCUAAGCUGUGCGCCUGGCCGCCCCCCGGACGAGGGACAGGCGGCCCGGCGGGACGGACGCUGCGCGGCUGGCCAGCCCUGCCCCCCCCACUCCCCUGUGCCCUGCUUGGGGCAGGGUGGCGCGGUGGGCCUGUUUGAGACAGGGGUUGUCCUGUUUUCCUUUUUUGUUUUGUAUUAUUUUUAUUAUUUUUUAAUUUAAACCUGUUGACUUGCGCAGUGACCGUCCCCACCCUGGAGUGAGGCCCUGGUGCUGCUCUCCUCCUUGGGGACGGGUGUGGCCAUGAGCCAGACCCAGGUGGGGCAGUGGCUCUGCCUCCUGGCAGUCCUGUCUGCCUGGGGUGACGGCCUCCCCAGCCUCCUCCUGGCCACCAACUUCCAUGACCUCCAAGAAGCAAGCCAGCCUGGCCCAGGGCCUGCCUUCCAGACGUCCGGGGACAGUGUCUUCCCACAGGACCCCCACCCCUGGGCUCUCUCUGCCCCUUCCCACGGCCCUGGGCAGGGACGGAAUAAACGUUUGUAUGAAUUUUA